GCGCUGAUGGUUUCCUGCAGCCCGGUGAGAGACAAACCCGGAGCUCAACCUGCCCGGUACACCGCCCCCAGCAUGUCAUACUGCAGGAGCUGCAAGUUCAUCACCAGCUUCUCUUGCUCUCCGACAAACAUCUAAACAUCCUCCACAGGAACUGCCCGCCUCACGCACACGCUCGGAUCUGCUAGAAUAAACACAAACCGGGGGGACUUUUUUCUUCGGCACACCAGGAGACUUUGAGAUCCGCAGGUAAUCGCAGGUACGUCGCCAUCCUGGACUUUCAAACGUGGAAAAAACAUCUACACAAUGGCAUGAAAACAAUACGCAUAAAAUGUGUUCGAGUGAAGCAUUUGUUGAGACAAGUAAGUAGAAAAUGCGCACCAGCACUUGUUCAGAUGCAGUUUGGGGAAUUUCCGGUAACAAGUGUCCGUAUCUCACAACAAUGCAGGAUUAAAACAGUGCUCACUCUGUGUUGAGUUAUUUUUGCAUUAAUCCAUUUUGAACCAAUAUAAUGAGCUCUGCAUGGCUGAUCGAGUCGCUCACUUUUCCCGAAACACAAGGGCAUGUUUACGCACGCAUCUUUACGCGUAUUACGCACUAAUCCUUUUGGAGAAAAAGCAGCAGAAAAACACUUCACCGAGUUGAGGUCGCAGAUUUAGCUGGAGUGCUGCCAACAUAAACAUCACGCCAGCAGCGGGAGAUGUUGGGACUCGUUAAGCAAUGCCAUCAAUGAUGUAAUAACGGGUAUUAAACAUGUAGGCUUGUCAAGCGAAAAAUGAUCUCUCACGCUCCUAUCUAUUCUUCUCUAGUGCUGCCCUGACGUUUGGUCGACAUGCUGGGGAUCUGCGUUUGUCUUUGUGCGGUUUUCACACACGUCCUCUCACAGGAGGCUGAGGAGCCAGUGUCCUACUCGGUAAGUGGGGAAAUUUCCCCUUCCCACCUUUGACUCAACCUGCUCUUGGAUGAUGUGUUUUGGAUUUAUGAGUUUAAUGUGUGGUUCUGGUUUGUUUGACAUGUAAGAAGAAUCAAAUGUGUGAUUUUUCAUCUGUCCUUCACAGUGCACCGAGGGAUAUGAGUAUGACAGAGUCAGAGAGCAAUGCAGAGGUGAGAAAAUGUCUUAGAUUAUUCCACUUUGAUACCCAAUGAGUUGACACUGGCUCUACAAACCAUCAGUUUUUAUCCAAGCCUCAUGAUGGAGAGAUUGCCUUGACUUUCUGUCUUUCUUUCUGUCUUUCUUUCUAUUUCAGACAUCGACGAGUGCGCCUUGUUAGACGAUGCCUGCAAAGGUGGUAUGCAGUGUAUCAACCACUUUGGGGGAUACCUCUGUCUCCCCAAGAGUGCUAAAAUCUACAUCAGCAAGGAGGGGGAGCAGGAGCCUGUCCCUCCUGUCCCUCCUGUCAUCCCCGCCUUACCGAUCCAGCCUCAGCUCCCACGGGUGUUUACAGGUGACCAGAGGAUCCCUCACUCUGGCCGGACCAUUCGCUGCACAACAGGAUUCACUGCAGAUGAUCAGAACCUCUGCAGAGGUAAGAACAGAUGUUCUCUCCACCUCUCUUUAGCUUUAAGAUGACACAGAGAUCCUUUAUCUCAGUCAAGGGUGUUGGCAAGCUUCUCAGGGGUGAUGCUGAACUCAGCAGGAGCUGGUAGAUAGAUGGUAGCAGUGAAAACAUUUGUGAACAAGCACAGGAGAUGACUUUAUUACCACUUCGAUAGACUAGACUUAAAGGGAUUUUAAAAAGUACCUUUCAAUCGCAAGCAUAUCAUCCACAGGGGAUGCUGAACAGAAAGGGCAUCCUUAGUUUUCAUAAUAUUCCUAUGUGAUGGCUGGUGUAAGAUAAGUAAAAUGAGCAAAUAGACUCAGUUCUCCUUUCCUCAGCUUGAAAAUAUAAGGGUUCUCCGGUCAUGGAGAAAAGUAAGCGAUGCUGCCGUGCCACAUCUCCCUCAAAGAAAAAAAAUCAGGACAUCAAACAGGAAAAUAGAUAAGAGGAAGAGGAAAAGACUGUUUCUGUUAGCUAGCCAAAAUCUUUGAAAUCAACAAACUCAGUACAAUAUGUAGAUUUUAAUGAUGAAUCAAGCUCGCUGUAAACUUGAACCCGCUAUUUCUAAAGAGGGUGCUAGCGUUUACUGCAGGAGUUUACUUGAAUGACAUGUGACCUGUUACAAAUCUAAGGCCAUAAGAUUUUCAAAAGUGUAUUCUGUAUUAUUUAGUUAAAAACUCAUUUGAGGAACUCUCAGUUUGUGUCAAUUUUGGCACCCCUUACGGUCAAAGCAGUCUUUAGUUAUCCUGUUAUUCUUUGCUAAAGUAGUGUCCACUUGCAAAAAAAAUGUAUCCUGCUGUUUUUGCCACUCAGAUUUAUCAUUUAUUGUGAUUAUUUUACAUGAAAAUCCCUAAAACACUGAUGUUUCUUCAGCUGUUUGACUGACACCGACCCUCUCGUAUCAGUUUAAGGCAUUAAGACUUGUGCUAUAAAAGUCAUCAAUCUUGUCGUUUCAGGCCUUAUCUGCUUUUGGGUGUAAUGCAACGGAAUUCAAAUGACUUUCAGUCCAUUUUAUAGACAUCAAAAAACUCCACACAGGAGCUUUAAAUUGCCAAAGAGUUAAGAUUAACUUGUCUUUAAUAACUUGCUUGCCACAUUCUUGAUGUGCGAAAAAAGGUGUUUGUCAUAUAGAUAUAGGGAAAGUAAAAAAAAUCACUUUUGCACUACCAUCAGACACAGCAACUACAUUUUCUCCAGCUUCCUCACAGCUACGAAAUACACUCACUAUGGACAAUUGCACUUUAAAAACACUGAACUAUCCCUUUAAGUAUUUGCUUAUAUUUGGUUUGUACAAAUACAAGCAAAAAAAAUAUCUCUAUGUAGGACAAAAUCCUCAUCACUGAAAUUUGCUGACUUGGACAAAAAUCCUCCUCUCUGCCAUUAUCAGAUAGUUGGUGUAACGCUGUCACAGAAUAAUGAUGAGAAUUUACUAAAGUAAACCUGCUGAUUUUUAACACUUACAGUGACUGAAAGGAAUAUUCACUACAGCAUUAGACAGAAGCAUACAUUAAGAGCAUUACUGAUGUCAAACAAGCUUUACUGUGUACUAAAGAAUACUUGCAAAAUCUCUGUAGGGGAGCUUUGUUAUUGUCUGGACAUGUAGUGUUGCUGCAUAUGUUGUCUCAAGUACAGCCGUGAAGAUAGGGCUGGGCGAUAUGAGAGAAAGUUUAUCAUGAUAUAUUUUUUUCAUGUCAAUCGAUAUCGAUAUAUAUCACAAUAUAAAAAAAUGAACUUUAACAGUACUUAAUGGUAGCAUGUCUUUUGCAAUACAAUAAGCUACUGCAUCUGUGAGGUCUUUGUGUUUGGACAUUUUGUCGUAAGGCGUUGCGCUAGAGAAAGCGGACCGCUCGGAAUUUGUAUCGUCUACCAAAACAUGGGACUAUCGAAAAGCAUAUUGACCAUGUUUUAAAUUGCUAUUGAGGGAAAUUAAUUUUCAAUAUAUAUCGUUGUCAUUUUAUCGCCCAGCCCUAUAUGAAGGUAUUUCAUAAUGAGUUGCAAACAGCAUUAGAGGCCCAAUAAGUGGAGCACUAAAGGUGAACUGUUCAUAUGUCCUUCUGACGUCGUCCACAAGGAGCUUCCAGAUGUGUUGCAAGAUUCCUUGUGUUUUUAUAUGUGAUGUCAUGUUUCUUAAACGCUUCGGUCCUCUUUGGUCGCUCCCAGCGUGAUUUUUUUGGCCAGAAUUCAGCCUCUUCCUGAAGAUUAAGACACAUUUCUCUACUUCAGGGGCAAAGAAAGGAGUUUUUAUCACAUUGUGGUGAACCGUGUGUCUUUGCAUCUGCAGGUUAGGUUCUCCUCUGGGCUUUGACUGGCGCAAGAUUGUGUGGGCGUGAUCCUGUGUUAGAGCAAGACUCUUUGAUCUUUACAAAUGGGGCGUGGUUUAAAGAUUUAUUUUACUCUCUUACACACACACACUCAUACACACACACAGGUGCCCUUGGUUUCUGCUUUGUGCCAGAUGUUCACAGCUGCACCUGAGAAAGAGAAUACCUAAAGAGACAUGCCUCGCAGUAAUGCAGUAUAGUGCAAGUCGGAGUGCAUUAUGCAGCAGCACAUGUGUUCAGUGGUUAGAAACUCUGCUUGUCAAUAGGCAGUCAUGUGGUGAGUGGCUGUGUGGUGAGGCCUGCGGUCACAGAACCCCAAUGUAAGUAACAAAUUUGAUUUUACACCUGGGGCUAAGAUCCACGUGAGGCACUUUAUGUGUUACUCUGAAUUGGAACCAAUUAGGUUUUAUUAGAGUGUAAAACAUGGCAGCAUAUCAGCUAAAGUAACCACAUAAGCAGGCUGGCAGGGGUAAAACACUUAUUCAUUCACUGGCAUUGCAUGGGCUAAACAAAGAUAGGCUGUUGCUGUCAGCGUCAAUGCUUUGAAAUGAUUAGAGUUUUAACUGGAAGGCGUCUCGUGCCGUUACGUGGGCGUAUGUCUCUGCUGGGAGAGUGAUAUAAUCUUUGUUUACAUCACUCUCUGGUUUCUCUGUCAUUACCUUUAGCUCGCUACAAUGAGCCAAUUGUUCCUUUGUGUUCCACACAGUGGCUGUUUUGCCAAGCUACGUAUCUUGCUAGCGAAGGAAUUCCCAUCAGCUUUCAUUGGGGGGGAAACCUCAGUGUAUCAAAUAGCGCUUACAUCAGGCUCCUUCCCUGCUAACUCACCACUCUGUGGAGGAAACCUGGAGUGCAGAGUCAGGUAGGGCAAAGGGGAGGCUGAAGGCUUACACUGACUAAACAACCACAGAAGCGCAGCAGCUCUGACCAAGCCAGGUUGUACCAACGUCAUGGGUUGUGCUGCUGCUGCUGAGUUGUUUUUGGUGACUUACUGCUGAGUGUGUGGUGAAUAAAAGAGGGAUCAGCUAAAUGUCCUGGAAAAAAAACGGGGCCAAUUUUCCAAAGUACAACUUAAAUUGUGAAACAAAAACAGUUUUUUAAGCAAAAUUGCUUCUCGUACGAUUAUUUCUGCUGAUUUAAAGCAAAACUAACCACAAAAAGUUACAUUCAACUCCUCACACUGUUAUUUUUACUCUGAAAUAAAUAUCCGUUCCUGUUCCUUGAUGACUUUUUGCAAAUGUAGGAUAAAUCCGUUUAGCUCUGAGUUUGAACCCGAUCCUUGGAGGGUGGUAUUGCGCUGACACAUAGCGGGAUAUUGGCGCCCUUCUCCACUCUGGCCACACAGAGAAAACCAUGAAUCUUUACUAUUUGUGUGACAACUUAAUGAUGCCUUACAUUUCCAUGACCCCCCCCCAACAUACAUACACAGGUACACACAUACUUGACUGUGUUUAAUGCCUGUAGAUGCCUACUUACUGUACAAGUGGCUUGUUGUAGUCCUGUGUUUGCACAUUAACUUUUAAUUUAGGCGGAGAUGAGAUCAUGUCCCCCCCCAGAAAUGAUGGCUGUCCAUCAAAAAGUGUAGACCCGGCCUCUAAAUUCAUAAAAGAUGAAUGUUUUACGAUCUUUAUUUACGAUCUUUAUUCACAUCAUCAUGUGAUCUGAUUUCAGACAGGUAGGCAGCCGUAGUGUCAGACUGAUUCUUCACUUUAUCUGUGCCCUAUUUAAUUUCCAUCUGAAAAUUAGAACUCAUCUUCUGCAGUAUGAGGCAUGAAAAGACAUGCCGCUCCUGUUUACCUGUCUGGUUUCCUGAGGUCAUGUUGGCCACAUUACCACCUACAUGCCUGACUAAUUUCGGCUGCGUCUGGACGUCUUCACCUGCAGUGGCUGGAAAUCUUUCCUAAAGUAUGUUCUAUUAAGGCCGUUAAGCCCCCGUGUGACAGAGAACUUGUGUACUUUUCCGAACAAGGCCUAGCGCAUGCAAUAACAUUUUUCCACGCAGAUGCAAUGCACUUGGGAGGAAUAUCUCUGGAAUGUCAGCGUUGGUUGUUUUUUUCCGUUUGCUCUCAUCUUUUGUGAUGGUUGGAAUUACUCACCACCUUGACAGAUAAGCAUCUGAUCAAUCUGUGAGGAGCAGGAAUGCAGAGAGCAGAACAAGAACAACUUGAGGAUUUUGACCUUUACAGUUUGUACUUUAGAGCUUCCUGUAUUGUGGAUUUCAUCCUGACAUUUCCACUUGAAGAAACAAGCCCCAACACCAAGUCUUUUCUGAUCCACAAACAAUGUAAGAGAAGAUUUGAGGAUACACAAACAGUGAUUACAGUUUUCCGGAAAUUCCUUCAUAUCUUAUCUUGUUAGUGUUUGUUUCUCCAACAGAUAAGCUACGCAGAUUUGGUGGAUGUUGUUUCAUAGAGAGGGUACACUUGAACACUGAGGUGAUUGGAGCCGGAUCUAAAGGAUCUAGAAUUAAAACAUUCUGCAGAGAUAUUGUUGGUCCACAGAAGGAAGUGGGAUCAAACACAAAGCCUUUGCUUGAUGAAAACUGACCCACUAUGUUUAGGGUUACUCAGAGAAAAGACACCUGAAGCCUUUGUGCAGAUUGAAGCCUCCUAUUACCAGCUAAGCUCUUGUCUUCCACCUGCUCUCACAGUGAUGAUUUGCGCUGUCCUGCAUUGGUUACUUUGCAACCGUCCUUGUGCGCUGUGAUUUUAUCCUCCAGCAGGCUAGGUUGUAAAUACUGUGAACAUUUUAACAUCUCUAUGAGUGCAGGUUAGCAUUCUAGCAUUAGCAUCUUGUCUUGUUCUUCUAUACUUGUCAGUCAGCCCAGCACUCAAAUUGUGUAAAAAGCCAGUAAACUCGUGUCCACCAUGGAAUAAAAUGUGAUCAGGAAUGAAGCCUGUGCAUUGCAAUCUUGAAAAUGUAGAAAGUGUCGGCGCCAUAGACCAACAAAAACUGGGCCUUAAACCUAAAGGAUGCAUCAGUGUGACAAAGACAGGUCACCACACUCCCACUCAUAAUCAAAUAUAUGGGUGUUUUCUAAUACGUUUAAAAUGAGUUUAAUUUAUUUAGAUUUAGGGCAUGGAGAGUUGAGUAUUUUCUGCUUUUUCUCCAUGCAUCAUGAUCCUGCCCUCUGCAUAAGGCUGCUCUAGGGAUGCCAGAAAAUGAGAGCACCUUUGCAGCUAUCUCCUCAUAACUUCAGCCCUGCAGCCCAAAAAACAACAACCUUUGAUUUUAGAAAUUUAUUAUUUCAGGGGAUUUAACAUCAACCCAUAUAUUGAUACAACUCAUGCAGUGGCCUGUGCCUGUUUUCGGUGGGGUUGCAAUGAAAGGACAGAAAUUGAACAUGCUGGUUGAGUCAGCAUGUACAGAGUAAAGCAGGUGUUGACUGUGAUGGCUUGUCAGAUUAAGUGUCUCAUCAGGAAACACAACACGGCUUUGACUUAAACAUAGAGGGUCCAAUCUCUGACAUCUGCCUCCUCGCUGGAUUAAGUCUCCGCGAGAACAGCACCCUCUGGUGACAGGCUGCAGUAUAGGUCACAAAUCCCACCUCCUCCAGCACACUUAAUAGAGCUGUGGACAAACUUUAGAAACUUAUUACACAGAAUAUAACCCCCCCCCAGUAAGACUGGUUUGUGCUGAUGUCCUCUUUUUUCUGUGCAGCUUCCUUUUUCAAAGUUAUAGGGGGUUCAUCUUUUCUAUGACUGACACUUGAUACAGCCUAUGGGCGUACGAAGAUUGCGUAGCUUACCCAGGGUCAGCUUUUUGAGCCGAGCAUCAUCACAUGCGUACAACGCAAUUGCGCAAAUGGUGGUUCCUGGAAAUGAAGAAAAUCCUGGAAAUACCAAGAGCAAUUUGGCUUUAAAUUCAUAUAAUGAUGGAAGGCAGAGCCAAGUUGUCCAUAGUCAGUGGCCCAAACUGCCACACAAUGCUAGUUUGCAAAUAGCUACAUUUGCUUGAAUCACCAUGAUGGGCUUUCACUAGAUACUUUUUCUUUUUACAUCUUAACUUACUCUGUACUUGUGUGUUGUUUUGAGUUGUUUAGAUAAAGAAAUAUGUCUAUACUUCAUUAUCAUUACCACAUUAUUUUUUAAAGUUGAAUAAUCUUUUUAUUAUCUGCCUCAAACAUCAUGUAUUGGCCAUGUUUCAUAGCCAGCACUUAUGAAUUAACAUUGCUGAGAUUUUUGGCCUUAAAAAACUCUUUCCAUUCUGUACACUGAGCCAGAAAACCUGUUGAUGUUGAAACAUCUCAGCUGCUGAUAAAGAAAUACUGCGGUGCUUUUUUAUACCUGGAUGAAUUUAACAUCAGGCCUCUAUCUCGUGAUAAAGUUCAGUUAAGGACUUAGAGCUCUUCCAUAGCCACAGAGAAGACAAGAGAGCGUAAAUCUAAUCGGACCAUCUCGCAGUGAUCCCAUCUUUUCCCAUGUGUUGUGUUUUGUUUUGCUGCGAGCCUCUCGCUGCCGUCACAUCCACGGCGGCAGAGCGGAGCAGACGGAAGCAGCUUUGCCGUGCAUCCUCGGUGUUACUGCUUAAUGUUGUUGUGAUUAUUCUCUCUAAGGUCGGUGCCUAUCCAACAUCCAGCUGCUUCCUCCUCUGAUGUGCUUACAUGUGUAGCUCUUUCCAUUUACCUCAUGAUGGAAAGGGACACAGAGCUGCUAUAAAUCACUGUCGCGCUCAGCUGGUUGACAUUCAAUCGUUCGGUCUCCAUUCCUCGCAGCUUCUCCUUUUUCUGUCUUGGCCGUAUUUUCACUGUUUGUGUGUACAUGCUUCACUUCUUUCAUGCAACAAAUCUGGCGUUAAAGGCCUUGAAUAGCCACAGACUGACUACUGGCAUUUGACUUGGGCAGACAGAUUGAUCGUCUUCAUAUUGAAUAACAGGACUUCCUUUUUUUAGACAUUUUCAGAGUAACAGGAAGAAUUACUAUCAGUGGGGGAAUGUAGCUUGUGCACUGGACGGAUUUUCAAGAAUGUCAGGACUCUGCCCGACCUUUAGAGAAGAGUGGAACAAACUCACAAAUCAGUUAGUGAGUGUCAGCAGGACUAAAACUCCUGUUCCUCCUGAACAAUGAGAGGGGAAUCUUGGGAGUGGUGCUGAUAGCAAGAGCAUGAAAUACCGCAUGCUCUGAAAUGGAUGGAAACACACUGAAGAGAAGGUUUGGGUGUGUUGAAUCCUUAUCUACUUUAAAUUUGGGCUUCUCUUGAAAGGGAUACAUCAGUUUCUACCCCAGUGUUUGUCAUAAAGGGUGAAUUUAGGUGCUUAAGGUCAAGCAAAUCCAAACUGGGGGCUGGCGUAUGACAUGGGAAUAAAUUUGACGUUGUGAAAUUUUAUGGGCUAUUAACAUCGCACUUCUUGCCCCCUGCUUUCCCAAAGAUUGAAUUAUCCAAUAAUCAGAGGGAAACAGAGACGCUGUCCAACAGCAGGAUGGCUCCAACUGUUCUUUGGAACAGCUCCUGCUUUUCCAUUGCAGCGGUUCAGUGAAAACAAGACAAAAUGGUCUGAAGUGAUAAUUACAACAAGCCCUAUCAUGUCACUAUAAAUCUGGGGCAAACAACACAUUGUUCUGAAUUUGGGCCAAACAGUAUUAGUCCCUGUUUUGGAUGUGCGUGCCCGUUUCUUCAUAUCCCUGCGAAAUCAAAAAAGGCCAUGUAAUGUUCCAGCACCUCAAAUAGGACCUCUGAUGCACACACACCCACUCAUCUGCACACACAAACACACACACACACACACACACCGAACAUACACACAUUCUUUGAGCUGCUGCCAUUCCCCGUCACUCCCCCAACUCCCACAAGGCAUUUAGAAUUAAUCUCCCUAAAAAGCAAGGAGUUUUUAACUCUGACAUCACAUAAGCACACACGGCCAUAAAUCUAACUUCAAAUCUUAAAAAGCCCUUUUUUGUUUAAAAAAAAAGGACCCUCCACCCUCUCUCCUCAUUCUUUCCUUCCACAUCUUCCACUCUUCUGCUGGACAGCCUUAUCUCCCCCUGUCAUGUUGCUGCAGCCUCGCUCUCACAAGAAGCAUUAAAGCUGUGUUGAAUAUAUUUUCAGGGGGGAAAAAAAAAACGACUUCAGAGACCAGAGUCACUUCUCCCCACACGCAACACAUCAUCACAUUUGAUGGCUUGUCACGUAAAAUCUGUUUUCCCCCUGCAAACCGUAUGGACUCUGCUGCAUGCUGUAAGCUGGGGAACUUUAUAGGAGCAGAGAUUGAGCCAGUGCGGGAUGCCCUCCCACCCCACCCAUACACAUACACACUUAUACGCACAGUUAUAUACACACACACACAAACUCUGGUGGAACUUUGUGUUGGCAGCUUCUGAAAGGUUUAGUGACAAAGUAGCAGUUACCACAAGAUAUUCCCGUGAAUGAACCUUUGGAUGGCAUACAGCACAUGUGCUUUUAUUUAGCGCUCUCUCCGAACCUCUUUGAAGGGAGUGAGGAUGACUCUGUACUUUCCUUUCACAGAACAUCUUAAGAGACACCACUUUGUUGUAAAGUUAGCCAUGUGCAGCUCUUUCUUUCUGAGGCAGUUUGUGAUUUCUGCACCUUUUAGAGGUGAGUGUUGGAGCAUCAUCCAGCUGCUGAUGUCUGCCCUGCACCGGUGACACCUUAUUUGGUGACUUUUAUAGUUCCUCAGUGGAACCAAAAACAUCUGUGCAGUGCCAAAAGUAUCCUUGCUGUGUCAAACUGUUGGCAGAUAAUGUGCAGUAACCUAACAACAAACACCCCAAAUGUUGCUAUCAAGAGCUGAAUCAUGGAGAAAUCUUUUAGCCUCGUGUUAAUCAGGGCUGUAGACUGAAACAAUCAAGCUUGCUGCACACAUUUGCUCAAACAUUUUCCCUUAUAAAGACUUAGAUUUGUGGACUGUUGUGUGUUCAGUCGUCCACAACAUUACACACAAUAAAAACCUCAAAUCUCUGUCAUGACAAACUAAGAAUCUUUCAGACAGGCUAACAUGAGACCCUAACAAGACUCUGACAAGUUUUUGCACGAGGUUUGAACUUAAAACAUGAUCUGUAUUGAUAGUGAACAAUCUCCUACAAAAGUGGCUCAGUGACAAUAAGUAGCAUUUCUUCUGUCAGCAUUUCUGAUGAAUGAAAAUUGAUCAGUUUCUCUGUCUGUCAGCAAAACCAUUAGAGUUCAUUGAAAUCAGUGUCUUGGCACUGUUACAGCAUCAGGAACUUAGAAAUCUCAGACCUGUCAAAAUCUGCUGCCAGAGGGCAGGGCAUUUCUAGUCUCAGUGAUUCAUCAGAUACAUCCAGUAAGAAGGUGUGGUUGUUUUUCCCUGGGACUUAAUCCUGGCUUCUCACUGAUGCUUCCUUCUGUCUUUUUUUGUUGAUAUUCAUCGCACUUUUUCUUGGUAUUGUGUUUAUUAUAGAGUCAAAGCAAGAUGAGACUUUUGAACCUGAUAGUGAAUCCAAUAUACAGAGGGGAAUUUAGAAGACUACCGAUAUGGCAGACAAUAUCAUGAAUAUUUUUAAGCCAGUUUCUCUGUAGUUGUGCUCUGAUUUUGUGUUGACUAAGAAAUUGCUGUAACCUCUGCUGUGAACCUGUUGGUGUCUUAUAUUUAGUGUAAAAUGACAGUGUCCUGCACAGUUAGAAAAAUGUCAGACAUCACCAUCCAGACAGAUGUAACCUGCUCAACAAAUCAUCCGAAAGCUAACACAGUAAGUUUUUGAUGUAUAACUAAUUCCAUACUCAACACAUGGAGAGAUCAUUUGCAGGUGAGUUAUGUUUUUACAAGCGGUUGAAUCUUAGUGCUACAUAUCUGAGGCAUCUCCAGAGACCCUGUAAUGAACCCUGCUUUUACAACCAUGCUGUGAAGCCCUCAGGUUGUUGCAGGUGGGUCAGGAUCCCAAAGUGCGAUUCUGCUGAAUUCAAAGCUUUUGGUUUUUCUUGGAGCCGCCUGCUGAUGCACUUUCCCAGCUGCCUUUCAAAACCACAUCAGAGUGUAGGUUUCUCAGAUCAACGUCGCUUUUAUCUUUGUCCUCUACUUAGCAGAGCAAUGAGAGACAAACCCCUUAGUGUGUAAUUUACACCUGUUGUCUCUCAUGUUCACAUUACGAUAUGCGCUGCUUUUGUCCGUCUUAUCACUGGAAACCCUGAAGCUGGGCAUUUUCUUUCCCACUUCUUUUUCUAGAUAUAAAGACAGCUUAUCUUCUAUGCACCUUUUUUUGUUUUUUUGGGCGUCUUCUGCUCCAAAUAAAUUAGUUUUCUUUCCUAGUGCAAAACGAUGUUAGGGGCUGUAGGACAGUCAUAUCUGACUGGAAGCUAUGGACCAAUUUUUGACAUAGGAAGCGUAGCUCAUCACUAUUUGUGCCACAAAAAUGGGGUGGGUAUAUGAAUAGAAUAAAUUGACCAAAUGUAAUGGGCAAGCACAGUCAAGUCUGCAUAUUUAUGCUGCAUUGAGUUACCUCAGAAGUCAGAUAUCCGAGCUGGGAAUGACGUCACACCCGAGUUACCAGAGUUUCAGUUACCAAGUCGGAAAAAAGCAAAAUCGGAGGUGGAAACGAUGGCUUCAUCUACGUAAGGGAAUGAUAAAAUAACUUCAAAAUAAUUAAAAUAACAAACGCUAAUAUAACUUUCGUUGAUGUAGCCAUCUUAUGAUUUGAUUUUGUUAAAGUGGUUUACCUGUCCAGCAGAAAGGUUACAGGGUCCGUAAGAUCCUGAAGCGUCCCCAAAGCAUUUAUGCUUCAUUGAUGUUGACCCGGCUUUUUAGCUCUUGUCCGGUCUACCUCAUUUUUAAGCCCCGUUAUUCCCCCAGAGUCUUCGGGAUUUACUUUGUUUUCUUAAUUGUGUUUGCAGUUGUGUUUUAAAGAGGAUUCAGACAAUUUUACAUACUUUCUGGUUGGUUUCUACUGUCUGUUGUUGUGGCACGCUAACUUUGUUUGGGCUCCUGAAUGACACGGGGGAGCAGCGUCUGCCUCACAACCAAUCAGGUUGGGGAGGUGGAGAAUAACAUUGUUUACAGUCAGAAAGAGCGGGCCGCUCAAAUAUUUAAAAUGUUGACUACAUAGACUCAACAAAACACAGUGAUAUCGUUAUAUUACCAAAUGUCAUCAGUAAAUAAUAGCUAUUGACAGAUGUUAAAAGCUUUUUUGUAUAAACACCACAAAAAAGAGGCUCCUUUAAUGGAUUUCUGCCUACCACACCUUUAAGCACUGCUCAGAGAAUAUUGUAUGUUUACAUUGUUCUGCAAUAUCAUCAGACCUAUGAUGUUACAAGCCAAGUGAGGUCAAAGGUCACAUGAACUUUCUUGCUGGGACAUCUCUACUUGAGUUAAAAAAAAAAAAAAACUAGUGAAAGUUCUUCAGUCUGGUGAAAGUUUGGUUACAUGUGUGUCAAAUCACACUCCAGCUCGAGCUCCCCCUCCUCCUUUUCUGUCCGUGUGUUUGUGUGUGUGUGUGGUACGGAGGAUAACUGUCUGUCAUGCUUUUAAACUGAUGCCCACUGGCUGUCUGCAAUAUGAUGGGUUGUGUCAGACCACCCAAGAGGACUGCUGGUGGGCCCACAGGGAUGAGAGUAUACAGUAUGGGCAUAUUUGCAGGGAGUGUAAGUGUGGGAGAAACACAGAAAGAUAGAAGUUCAGAGGGGAAAAAAAAAGCAGCCAAACCAAAAUUGAAAACGUGUUUGUAGGAUUUAUAUAAGAACUUUUUUAAAAUUGUAUUUUGUGUUAAAAUCUUGAGGGAGUGCUGGGUUCUUGGAGGUUUAACCAGUCCUCACUUGACUUUAUUUCACCAACACUUUUACUCCUGAAAGGAUUAUGUCUUUCAGAAUAAAAUUGAAAUUACUUUAUUGGCUAAUUUGUGCAUGCAAAAGGCAGAUGAUAGUCAUGUAAAGUCACCAUCUAUGUAAAAACAGAUACAAUAGUGCCACUCUAAAAUGGGACAUCAGGAUCUUCACGGUGACUAUUGAAAAAUAAUAACAGAGGAUGUUAUGAGUAGGAUUUAUUGUGGCCAUAAUGGAGUUGGAAACUUGAGUGUCCUGGUCAUAAAUAUGUCCGGUCAUUUACAGCAUGGAAAUUUGAAAGAGAAGUAAAAGUGUUUUGCAGUGUAGCGUCUUCCUGGCGAUGUCUUUGUGUUUUUAAGCUUCAUCAACCUACCAGUUAUCAUGUUAUAUAACUUAUUAAUGAUGGGAUGAGAGAUAGAGAACGCAUGUGUCUGGAUCUGUGUGUUUUUGGUUGAUUGAUGUUAGGUGAAGAGGAGAGAAAGGCGUUAUGCUAGAAAGCACAUAACUUAUCAAGAGAAGUUGAGAUCUUUUUUUUCCUCUCUUUCAUACACACACAAUCGCACAGACACACACACAAGCUUCCCCCUUUAAGAAGCUGUCCUGUAUGUAGAAGAUAGGAUCUGUGUUUUCCCUCUGCACCCGGAGCUGCUGAAUAAAAGCCCUCCUUAUUUAAUUGCCUGCUCUCUGUGUGAACAUGUGUGUUUAUGCCCCACGUGUGAGAUGUGAUGAUGUCCGUGAUCACGCAGUUUUACUGUCUGUGGAAAACAGUUCACACAUCACAGAUCACAGAGUACAUACAACCCAGACAUGUUGUUUUGCUUUUGUCUGCCAUAUGUUCCUGCACACAGGAGGCACUAACUUGGUGCAGCUUCCCCUCAGUGAGUCUUUGUGUGUGUGUGUGUGUUUAUUGCAGACAUAGAUGAAUGUGCAACAGGUAGACACACAUGUGGCCCCGAGCAGACAUGCUACAACACCAGAGGUGCCUACAUCUGCCAGUGUCAACCGGGCUACCAGAGGAGUGGAGAUCACUGCAUAGGUGAGCAAAACGCACUCUCUGAUCACACUUCAAGAAGUCUUUUUUUACUCUCCGUGUAUUUAAAACUCUCCUCUGUGUGAUUGUUUUUUUCUGCAGAUAGAGAUGAGUGUGCCCUGAGUCACUACUGCAUGCACAGAUGUGUGAACACACAGGGCUCAUACUACUGUGAGUGCAACCUAGGUUACAAGUUGAGCAGCAACAACCACAGCUGUGAGGGUAAGUCGUUAAAAAGCCAUGUAUGCUCAUGUGUGUGUGUGUGUGUGUUUGUACAGUAUCAGAUUAAAACAUGUGUUUUGGUUUGGCGUUGUGUAAAGAUGCAGGGUAGUGGACAUUUUCUAUUGAUGUGGAUUUCCACUUAAUCCGUGGCCAGGUUGACUUUAAUGGAUUCGAUUUAAUUUAUGAUCAUUUUGAUAACCGUUCCUUAUGUUUAGAUAUCCAAAGCUGAGUUUGUAGAACUUUGUAUACCAAAGCAAAAAAGGACCACAUGGAUGUAAAAAAGAGAUUUAUAGAGAUUAGUGUACAUGCAAAAUCAAACACUCAAAAAGUAGAUAUAAGAGCUUGAACAAGUCUAAUUAAAAUCCAGAAAAGUCAUAUCACAUGCAUAAAAUGUUUUCUGAAGUAUCUUAAAAGGAUAUCACCUCAGCUGACUUGCUGCAUUAAGACUUCCAUUGCUUACAAUGAAGUCCACAAUGUGCAGCUUCUAUGCAACUUUGAAGCUCAUUUUAUUACCUUUUUUUUUCACCACCCUGCUGACUGUGGUAAUUGAGACUAAUGCCAUACACCUCCACUGGUCACUAAUUAUCUUAGAUUGUGUAGUAUGUCCAAUUAAACCAGCGCUCAACAAGAAUGAAGUACUUCACAGCGCACCACCAUUUUCAUUAAAUUCAUGACUAUCGCCUAAUGAGGAACAAAGCUGCAGCUAAGUGGCUUCCACAGUGAAGUGGCUUCUCUUCACAUCUUCUCAGUAAUAUCCUGCAGGACAAUAAAAUGUUAUUCUGCAUUUUAAGUUUGUAUAUUGGUCUCAUCCGUACACAGAACACAGCUCACAUUUUAGAUGACCCAAAAAAGUAUUAAAAGUGGAUCAUCUACACCAGAUUUUAAGGCAAUAAAAAAGUAUGUUACGAAGGUGUUGUGCAAAUACUCAGCAUGUUUCACUCCUUCCCAACUUCUCUCAGAUAUAUUUUGAGGUCAGCCACAGCUCUGAGAGAAAAAAAAAUGAUGUUUUGAAGUUUGGAACUAUUAUGAGAUUAUGCAACCAAGCAACUUGACCCCACUCAGCAGAUCGCCAGCUAAAGCUAAAAAAAAAGUAACUGAAAAUAUCCUGUGAAACAGGACAGUUUAUCUCAAAGAAAGCCAACAACACUCUUGACCUGCUCACAGUUUUGCUGUAACAUGUUGAAUUCUGCUUACGACAAAGGGAAAUCUGCUUAUGUACACAAUUGAGCCAAUGAGAAAGUAUUUAAAAACCCCAGCCCGAUUAUUCAAACACAGAGGGCAGAUAAAAAUGGAAAUGAUCGGAAAUUGUGCAGAAAUGAAUAAUGCAAACAUAGAACAUUAUUUGUUUUAUACAAAUAUUUCAGAGAUCUGUUUUUGUUCCAGAUGUGAAUGAAUGUGAUAAUCAGAGUCCCUGUCAGCACCACUGCUACAACCUGAUCGGCUCCUUCCUCUGCCAGUGUGACCAGGGCUACGAGCUCGCACAGGACGAAGUCUCCUGUCAAGGUAGGCACACAGAUACAAGCAACCUUCCUAAAGGUCCUUACACACCAGGAAUGACGCAAAUAUAUAACGUGAAAUUACGAAAUAUUUGGAGGUGAAUUUUGAUGUGCCUGACUAUACACAUCAAGCGCAAUGCAAUUUUGCGACUUUCCCGGUGGAAGCAAGAAGACUGACACAACAGCAGACUGACUGUUUUUCAGUUCUGAUUAGACUCUAGUGUUGAGAUGUCUGUCUGUCAUGACAGCAUGUACUGAGUCAGGGCCAGUACCAGAUAAGCACAUUAAACUAUAAUCCAUAAACGUAAGGUAACAACUGAGACCAAAUGGUGCUGUGACAGCAACGCGAUUGAGUUUGAGACAGUGAAAAUACACUAUGUUGUAUCUGAACAGGUUAGCUUACGAGCUAAAGUUACUUAGCACAGAUGAAAGUUAAAACAAAGACUUUUAGCAAACUGUUAAAGAACACAAACCAUCGUCAUAUGAGAAAUCCAACACUAUGACUCUCCACAAGUUGUCCUUCAGGUUGUUAUCUUUGUAAUGUUUGUGUCUUUUAUCAAAAAGCACACUGUUCUCCGACACGUAAACAAUCAGCCGGUCGGCCAUGUUGGAUAUACCGGUGAAUCUGAUGUUGCAACAACACGAAAUCUGAUCGGUCAGAAGUGGACACACAGUAUGGGAAACUUUAGAAAAAUUGACAGUGAGGCAAAAAAAUAAAUGCUGCAAUAUCGCAGGGCGGGAAAAUGUCGCUGAUGUGAACGCUUUUACUGACAGGAUACGGGUUCGAAAAAAAUAUUGACAUCCAAAAUAAUCGCACGAAAAAAAACCACUCCCAGUGUGAAAGGACCUUUAGACUUAAUUUCGUAGAUAUACUAUAUUAGAUCAAAGUGUGUCUGUAUGUCGAGCACUCAUGUUUUUGUGUAUUCAUGUUUUUCCUCGCAGACAUUGAUGAGUGCAGCUUUUCCAGCUACAUGUGUCAAUAUCAGUGUAUCAACAACCCAGGAAGUUACUCCUGCGAGUGUCCAGAUGGAUAUCAGCUCCAGGGGAACACAUUGUGUCAAGGUACCGCAGACUUUAUUUUCCCUCUCCAGAUAUUCUUCCAGGAAUUUUUCUUUUAACCAGUUUUAGCUGUUUAUCUUUCCAAACUCUGUUAUAACUCACAACAAAGUUAUUUCUCCCUUCCUCCUCCUCCUCCUCUGCUCUUUGAAGAUACCUUGAUCGUUUCUGCUAUCAGCGUCUAUUUUUCAAGCAGGAAUGAAAGCGGCUCUAGACCUGGUUACUGUCAUGGAAAAAUGCAGAGGUUAAGCAACAUAAACAUAACAACUUUGCGUUGCCACCUCUGUGAAUUUAUAUGCAUGAUGUUGGUUUCUUGAAGUAGAUUUAUUUGAGGCUCCGGCGCUCGCUCAAAGAGUGAGCUGUUAUUUUUUCCUCUCCCCCCUCGGUCAGGUGCAGGUUUUACAGGAGGAACCAUGAAGGGACCUUUUGGUGAUGAAUCCGGGUUGCUGUGCCAGAAAUAGCCCUGUGGUUUGGGGCACGUUUGAUGGGGUUAUUUUCAUCAUGCAGCAGGAAAAGAGCUGCAGUUAGGCCUGUAUGGGGUUGCAUCAGGGGCUUCCCUCAACAACAAGUCUGCAGGCUUCCCUCUUGUGUUUCUGCAUCUCCACAGCUGUUAGAAAUAAAUUAACAAUCCUUACACGCUUUUCCCCCAAUGGUACAUGUCUUGAACUUUUAACCGUGUUUUUACAGAUCCGUUUCAUGAAGCAUGUGGAGUUUUUGUGAGUUUUGGAAGUUUGGGGUUACUCGAAUUGUUUUCCUGCUAUUUUUGACUGUCGAGUACAUAUCUUUCUCUCUGCUUCUGUCACCCUGCCAAUCACCAGACAUAAAUGAGUGUGAGACAGGGACCCAUAACUGCCAAGAUGAUGAAAUGUGCUGGAACUAUUACGGAGGCUUCCGCUGUUAUCCCAGAAACCCCUGCGAGGCACCUUACGUCAAAACCUCCGAAAAGUAAGUAAACAUCUUUCAAGUUUUUAGUUUCACUGGAGUCAGUUCAGCCAACUUAUUAACCGAGACUGUCAUAACUGUAUGUUUUCAGUCGCUGUAUCUGCCGGUCUCAGGCUGAGUGCCAGGGCCUCCCUCCAUCAAUUGUCUACAAAUACAUGAGCAUUCAGGCAGAGCGGACAGUGCCAGCCGACAUCUUCCAGAUUCAGGCCACCAACAUUUACGCCAACACACACAAUACCUUCAGGAUCAAAGCUGGCAAUGAAGGGGGAGAGUUUUUCCUGCGAGUAAGUGAGAGUUAUGACUUUAUGUUGCAUGAAAACAAAUGGGAGGCUUUGACAGAGGAAUGAUAGGCUGAGAUUAAAUCCUAAACUGUUGUUAAACUGUCGUAAUCUGCUGUUUGUUUGAAGCUAAAUAAUGUUCAGUUAUUGAACAGCCGCUCUGCAUUAUUACCCAGUCUGAUGUUUUAUUAGCAUAUUGCAUCUGUUAGCUAAACUGAUGAUGUAUCGCCUCAUUAAAGGUGGGGUAGGCAGGAUCUGAGGAAGAGCCAGUUUUGGGGAGAAAUCUUGAAUGUAAACUCUACCCCUCCCAACCAAUUUUCCCCUCAGCUCCUCCUCUCCCCUCCCUCUCUGCUCCAGCAAGCCCCGCCCACAAACAGACGCUCCUGCUCACUUGUAUCGUUUCAAUUAAAUUCAGAUAUAAUGCAGAUAAAUACUUAAGAUAAUCAAAAAUGUGGCCCAGUCAACGUGAAAGCGAAAAGCGUUGGUGCUACUGUAGAUGCCAACAGACUUCCAGCAAACACAAUGUUUGCAGGACUUCUACAACUAGGAUAAAGUGACAUAGUCCAGGACCCGAGGUCAACAGUUAAGCGACACUACGACACACAGCAGGUCCCGUUUGACAAGAAACACUUCUGUACUUUGUCAAAGCGGUUUACCUGUCCAGCAGAAAGGUUACAGGGUCCGUAAGAUCCUGAAGCGUCACCUAUCGUUUUAUGUUGACCCGCCUUCUUAGGUCUUGUCCGGUGGUCUACCUCCUUUUUAAGCGCCUGUUAUUCCGCCGGAGUCUCUGGUAUUUACUCCGUUGUCUUGCUUGUGUUGUCAGUAGUGGCCAAAGGAGGAUUCAGACAAUUUUCCGUACUUUCUGGUUAGUUUCUACUGUCCGAUAUUGUAGCACACUAACAUUGUUUAGGCUCGUGAACGACAUGGGAAGCAGCAUCUGCCUCACAACCAAUCAGCACUAAGGUGCAGUGUCCACCUCACAACCAAUCAGGUUGGGGAGGUGGAGAAAAGCUUUGUUUACAGUCAGAAAGAGCGGGCCGCUCAAAAAAUUUAAAAUGUUGACUACACAAACAUAACAGAAAGCAGUGAUAUUGUUAUAUCACCAAAUGUCAUCAAUAACUAAUGGCUAUUGGCUAGCUAAUAGCUUAUGACUGAUAUUAAAAGCUUUCUUGUAUAAACACCACAAAAAAGAUGCUUCUUUAACGAAAUCCUGCCCACCCCAACUUUAAUAAGCUACUCUACUCUGAAAUCAGAGGCUAUAGUCCUGGUUCAACUCCAACCUGUGGUGCCAUGGCUUAUGUUUUUCCAUCCACUGUCCUGCAUAUCAAUUAAUCUGCAAACAUGACGAUGCAAACAUGCUGACUCUUAAAAUAAAUAUUACACAAUCAUUUCCACAUCAUUUUGGAAGAGGACCAAAGAGUGAAAAGCAUGAUUGAAUAGCAAAAACUUCUCUUACGGCUCAGUGAGCUCAAAGCCAAAUGCUAACAACACUCUGGUGACAACGCUAUUCCCUUAGCAACCAACAUAAAUCCUUAAAGCGGUAAAUUAUGUCAAAUAACAUAAUUAUAUAUCGUGUGAUCCUAUUUUCUUGCAGCGUUCCAGCAAUGUGAGCGCCAUGCUGGUGCUAACCAAGCCCCUGACAGGCCCCAGGGAGUAUGUGGUGGAUCUGGAGAUGAUCACUCAACAUCUGACCAUGAACUACCGUUCCAACUCGCUCCUGCGGCUCACCAUCAUAGUCGGGCCGUACGCCUUCUGAGCGCCACAGUAACCAGCAAACCCCGAAUAACUCUGGGUCAGCAAACACAGCAGUGUAACACAGCAGAUGCCAGCAAAACAUACAGUUCAUUUUCAUACAAUACAAAUACAGCAUACAUCAUAUAACAACCAGACUUAUACAGCAGCUCAGCAGUUUCAAUAGGCUUGCUCCUGACCUGACAGACCACUCCAGCCUGUAAUGUGACCACUGGGCAUCUUUCUCUCUUUAAGUGGCGUUGUGUGUUUUUUUUUUACUGUCUAUGAAGAUAACAAAUUAAUUCCUGAUGCCUCUACAGUGAAUAGAAAACCAAACCAAACGCUGAUGUGUAAUUUUCUGCUCCCAUGUUCUGGAUCUUAGUGGAGCUAGUUACAGCAUGCAGACUGAAAAACCUUUAUUUUUCACAUUUUCUGACAAAUUUAAGAGGGCAGAGUGAGACUACAUUGGCGGGAUUAGCAAAGUGAUUUGAGAAAGUGAAGAAAAAGAGGUAAUCAACCCAAAAUUAAGAGUUUUCAUUCAAAGUCCAAAUAAUUCUUACUUUAAGCUCCUGAAGCAAACACUGAGAAAAAGAGGCCUAGUGGACACAUCCUCCCUGUGACUUACCUUUGAUGCAGAUUUAUCAACAUUUACUGCUUACUGCUUACAAUAACCUGUGUGUGCAUCAGUGGAGCACUCUGUUAUAGGGAAGUCUUAUGUGUUUUUAUAAAAAGUGUACAUGAGGAAUACUCAAUAAGAGCAGCUUUUCACCUUGUAAAUCACAUCUUCUGUUCGAAUAAUGUCAUAGAUUGUAGAACUGCUGCGCCACACUGCUCAUGCGAGUUUCUGUAUAGUUUUACUCAUGAGUAAUAAUUUCCAGAGAAGUCCAGAACAGUUCAGAAGUGUAGAGGGAGGGAAUGUGCCUGCAAGCUAAGGGAGUAGUAAACUUUGUAUGACAACAGGCUUGAUGCUGGUAGGCUUUACUCACCGGAGUUAGGUCAUGUAAAAAAAAAAAAAAAAAGUGCGUGCAUGUGUGUGUGUGUGUGUUUGUGUGAGUGCGUGUGUGUGCCUGGCUUUGUUUAUAUAAAUAUGCAAGCAAGUGAAAGUGCAAAGAGAAAGUGUGAGAAGGAGUUUGUUCUCUCACCCUCGGUGGACGCGGUCGAGCUGUUUAUACGUUUCUUUGAUGCCCCCCCUCUCGAUUCAGAGGCAUUAAUGGAGAUUUUUUUUUUUAAACUCAAGAACACGCAAAGGAAAUAACUUUCGCUACACACCUCUGCCAAUCGAGCGCUUGUUGGUGCCACAUAGAUCCUCCGGAGGAACAGCCCGCCUUUCUUAUGUCGGUCCCAGCGUGGAAGUCACACCGGCACCAGGCUGGCUUGCGUGAUAAACAUAAUUACAGCUCUUUGCCCUGUAGCUGGUCCAUGUGUGACACAGGGGAUUAUUUGAGUGUUAAUACGAUGCCACCACACUUUUGGCAGAAUGAGAAAUCUUUCACUACCUGCUUUGCUCUGGCGAAUCUCUGAAACACUUUACACUGUAGACACACAGCACUGAAAACCACAUUAAAAUCCAACAUGUUGUCACCUUUUUAUGUGUAGAAAGGGAUCCAUCUUUGCUUUGAAGUCUUUAAAGUGGUUUCAGCAGUGAACAUGCCAUAGUGCCUUAGAGGUAUAACACAAAAAAAUGUACACUAAUCUUAUAAAGACUGUCAACGUCUUUCAUUUAGAUGCCUUAAUGAUUUUCUUUUCUAUUUAAAAUAUAUUUUUUCAUACGUAUCUUAUAUUGACUGUACUCUGGAGAGCUGAAGUUAUGUUGUUGAAUAAAAUUUGAUGGAUAAAUGGGA